AUGGGCUACAGCCAUUUGAAUUUCAUGGGACGGAUAGCUGAUACGAUAGCUGAAGCUGGUCACGAAGUAGUCUUCAAUAUCCAAGGAUUCACCCUACAGCCGGUGCUUGAUCCGGGCCUCCCUACUAAUGGAACUACAAAAUCGCGUGUCAUCCAACGUGGUCCAUUUGGUGCGGCUCGCAGUACAAGGAGGGACGACAUGAAGCCCAUAUGGACAAGCAGUACAUCAAAUCCUAUUGGUCUAUUUAUGCAUCUUUUCAGUUCAUUCCAAUGGAUUUCUGAAAUCUCGGUGAAGACUCUAACGCAUCUUCUAGAUGACAAGCAACUUCUAGAGCAACUGAAAGCCGAAAAAUUUGACGUCGCAAUUACCGAGCUCUUCGACUUCGUAGGAAUAGGUGUAUUAGAGGCAAUCGGCCUCAAGAAUAUCAUCGGCGCACACUCCUCUGCGAUCCUGGAGGGCACUGCAUCAGCCAUAGGUGUUCCUGUGAUUCCCAGCUACGCGCCAGGUAAGAGGAAUUACUAG